AGAAUGAUGUGCUGUGACCUGAUGAAAGCAUGUGACACACACGGAUGGUUUCAGUUUCAACCAUCGUCUUAAACAUGUUCUUUCGACACCAUAAUUUUCUGAAUUUGAGGAUAUGAAGACCAAAUUAGCUCAGCUUUGGGGUUUGGUCUACUAUCUCCUUCUUGCAGGCUUUGAUUACGGGAGCCGUGGGAUUAUAUUUGCUGAAGCGAACACCGACCGCAAUCUCAAACAUGGUGAAGAGAUCUCGGACACGCACAGUGACCAUCUCAAAAACGCAUUGCGACAAGUGGAAAAGGUACGCAUGGCGAAAAACAAUUCCUGCCAAUCGAAUGAGUCGGUUAUUCUCGACAUUGGAUUCGAGAAUGCUCGCUGGAAGAGCGAGGCAUUGCUCGCGGUCGAAGUUGCAAAUCUGUUGACAUCUUUAAAGCGCGUGAAAACCGCGGAUGGCUUCUCUAUGGUGGAAAAUGACACAUUGCUUUACAACAUAGUGCGAUCAAAUGUUCGAUUUUCGCCGUCCGUGUUUGGUUCAGUGAUUUGUUUCGAGAAGAACCAGUAUCGGAACUACGAGAGGUUUUGUCCUUAUGCAUUCAGAGACAAGACUUAUAAUGGUUCAAUCCAUGUAAAAGAUAUAGCCGUCGAUCAUGAUUAUUUAACAAGUCCAGAGACAAUAUGGUGGUGGGAGCCACGCUCCAAAAAUGUGAAUCGAACGGUAAUCCCAAACGCUGAAGAAAUAUACUCUAUUCGUCUGAAUCGAACGACGGCAGAAACGCCUCACACCAAAACUGUUCCUGUUGUUCGCUACGAUAUGGAUGGUCACUGGACUCGACCUUACUUUGAUUGCUUUGGAGGUCACAUAUGGAUGACCACAUUUUUGGCUCCAUUUUUUAACGAAUCAAACCGAUUUCUGUGAGUAUCUAUAUUUUACCACAUUUCAUUUUUGCGUGUCUGUUUGCUACUAGUAAAAAUUAACAAUUGAUUUGGCGCAGACCUUUUCUUGUUUACAGUAGCGUACAUCUAUCAUCCGCUAUCAAGCGUAUCUCGCUGUUGUACUGGCAUUGCAGUUAAUGACUCUCUCUUCGUCGAUACAAACGACUUAUGAAUAUGUGCUCAUCUAGAAAAUUGUUAAUGUUGUGCGUGGAAACUUCCGAUUGUUUCCAGUUCCAAUUUAAUUUAAAGUACUGAUUUGUGUUAUGACUUAUAAUUAUUAAGUAAAUUGUCCACGAUACAGGUUAAAUUUCAAGUCUACAUCCAUACAGUUUUUCUUCAGUGUCUCGAUUUGCUUUAAAAAAAAAAAAAAAAAAAAAAAAAAGGAAAAAAACACGAAGCUCAAAAAAACAAAACAAGACAGGAAGCUUUAAAAAACCCUUAUGGUCGUGAUAUACGUGUGUCCAAUUGGAAACCGGUAAACGAGUAUCUAUUUUCACGAUAUGCCUCUUUCAAUGCGAUCCCUAGAUUGAUUACAUCGUAACUUCUCCUUACUCGCUUCCUUGAAAUUCAGUUAGUCAAGAGAAGAGAAUUAAUAACCUUAUCAUUAUGCAUGAAACAACUUUUUAACAACCAAUUUAUGUGUGAAAGACGAGUUUAGGUCAUUAACAAUUAGGGCAAAUAGCGCACUCUGACGGAGUAGAUGAAAAUGUAAUAGUAAGUUCUGCUCACGAGCAGAUUUUACCGAUAUCUUGACAUUUGCCCUAGUCACGUAGCCAAGAUGGAUUAUGCAGCAAAUUGUCUAACAUUAUGUCAUACAGAACUGUCUAGCAUCUUUCCCCUGAGGUGGCCGUGGUCAAAGAAGGCCACGUUAUUUGAAAUCGACUUGGAAAUAGGAAAUCGAACGUUAAUUAAUUCGCCCGUAAACAUGCAGAUGAAAAUCCUCUCCGAGCUUAUGUCAGCGUAAGCAUUGCGUUGAUUGUUAAUGAUGCACAUAAUUGAUUCGAUGUAGCUGAUUUGAGGUUAGUGCUAUCUUGUCAGUAUUCGUGCUGUCACGAACAGAAACUGCAAAAUUCAUAGCCCGUCAUUUUGAUUUUUAGGGCUUUGAUAGAAACCGGGUUAAAGCGUAAGAUUUAUUUUAGGAUGCAUGGAAACAGUGGCUUGAUCCACAAUCAGCAGUUACGUAAGAAAAAAUUCUUGUUGUUUUCUCAAGACAAUAUCUCGUCUUUAAAUUUAUUCCAUUUCACUUUUCGUCAAUUGAGACAAACGAAGUUGUGAGUAAUACUAAAAGGCGGUGAUUCGCAAAUAGUCUUAUGACAGUAGCGUCAUAGCAAGAAGCAAGGUGCCACUUCAAUGAUAACUUUUCUGAUAAGAGAAAAACUAUUGACUCACAACUUUCGUUCGUCAAAACUCUUACAGCAGAAAAAAUAAAGCUGUAUUUUGAAUCUCUUUCAAGGUGACAAUUUGGUAUCCUUCUUUUGUUUAAGAUGCUGAGUGACUGUUUGACGUGUCACAAGCUGACAUAUGAAAUUUUGAAAUUAUGUUUUCAUUUUCGUUUGUGUACUUGCGAUCUAAGUAAUUUUUUAAAAUUAUCUUUUAAUCUAAGAAUUUUCAUAUCAAAAUCACCCCCUGUUGCUAGGCAAUUCAAUUGUUGAUGUUUUUGAGGAGAAAUGCGUCUAGACUGUACCUGCUCUGAUGCUUUGGUAACUGAAUUAAUGCAACCGUGAAAAUGCUGAAGGAACUCGAUAAAUUUAAAUGCUAAUUGUAACGACACAAACAAAAAUUAUUUGCGCAGGAAACUACAGAACUGAUCAACCAGCCCCGACUGAUUAAAAAGUAGGGUUUUGACAACCAGAUGAGGAAACAGAGAAUGUAAAUGCCUUUUUUCCACAAGUUUGAUCUUUAAUUAUCAUUAAGUCAACAGAGGUAUUUGGGACAAUUUGUUUAUUUUGCUGAAGGACUUUUGUUAAGAGCACAAGUUUCAAACCAAAAGACUUAAAAUGCGGCGUGGAAUAAACAAAAAUGAAAAUGGGAACCAGUGCAUGCUGUACCACAGGUUUCCCUUGAUUGCCAUGGGUAACUGGUGACAUCCUCGGAUCGCCACUGACGCCGAGUAGUGACAAUAUCAACUCUUUUCUAUUGUAUUGAGUCAAAAUUUACUUCGUUCUUCUUUACAGCUGGAUUUACCGUAGGCCACGAGCGUGUGACACUGUCCACCUCUUACAUUAGGCAUACCCAUAGUUCACCGACUAUCAACCCUGAAAUUAAAAAUAAUUUUUCUUAACAUAAUUGCUCCUGUGAUUCUUAAGAUGUGUGCGCUCCGAUUGGUCGAGGAUUGCCUCAUAUCUCGCUAGAAUCACCGGUCCUCGCGCGAGGUGACUAUAGUAGGAGCGCUAAAAUUGAAAAUGGCUGCCUUGUGUUUUGUCAGUGUCACCGAGGAAGUGAUGAACGCUAUUGGAAAAUUUUAAUUAAGAGGAGCGCAAAGGAUGCUAUUAAGAUUGGAGUAACACCUUUUAAAAGAAAUAUAUGAAGUUUUUGCUGAUUGAAUUAAAUGUACCAAUCAAAUACUAGUGAAAACCGGCUCUUCAUCUCGAUAGUGAGUAAUCAAAACAGUGUAACAGAAUAGUCUCAACAUCAGACGAAUAUUUACGACAGAGUUCGAAAGCACCUUAGCAGUUAUAACUAAACAAUUAUUCGCCUCAGGCUCAGUGAAUAUUGUUGAGUAAUUCCCCCGACUUCGCCACGGGGAUCAUUUAACAACAUUCACUGAGCCUGAGGCGAAUAAUUGUUAAUUAAUGGUUUUUCAAUCGUUAUUAUUUCAGUGGUGUUGUAAGCAUUGAUGUUGAAUUGAGCAGCAUCGACAUAAAUCAGUGUGAUGCGCCAGACACUUUGACUAAAGGAAACAGAGGGAAGAAGGGAACGAGAGACAGAACUGGAAAGCUGCUCGACUUCUUAGGCACGCAUAAAUGUAAACCUUCCACACAGGUAAGACACAACACUAGAUUCAGUUUCAUAUCUGUGGAUUCUUUCUGAGUUAAAUUUUAUACUCAAAAAGCAAUUCACUUGGACUCAAACUUUCCCGGCGUGAAUUGUGCGGUGUAAGCGUAUUUUUGGCGAACGAUCGCGAUUGGUGCCAUCUUACAUGCCCCCAGUUAAGGCCGAAGGGUAGACGAUAACUGAUUGGACAUGGAGAAGAGCAAGAAACAAUACACUUUUCCUUCUCCGUCCGCUCUUUUAUGCGUAGCCUUGGUAUUUAUCCUUAUAAUGCAAACCCACCCUUCAGAAGAGGACCCCUGCUCUUUAGGAGCGGCGUGAUUUACAGUGCGUCAACAGAAAUUGGCGCCAUCUACAAAGAAAACCGAUCACAGGGCCUCACGGAAACGAUUGAUGUAACCCUCUCGAAUCGAGAUCAUGAAAUGUCGAGUACAAGAUAUUGGAAUCUCACCUUGUUUGUUGAGUGGGGAUGACGCGCAGGCAGCGUUGCUUAAAUUUUCGGGGAUAUGUAAGGCAACAGUUUCUUUUCUUGCAGUGUGAACCGAUCGCCAAUCAAGGUUUCAAACGAGGCAGCUAUCGCUGUAUUUGCAGACGAGGCUAUUACUUUCCUCACCCCAAUUCCGACACCAAAUACUUUAACGGCAGUGAGAUUGAAGAGGAGUAUGACAAGAAAGUUCACAAAGAGACGAAUUUGUAUGAUGAUGAGUUCAAAUGUUUGCCGUGUAGCGAAGGAUGCGAUGAAUGCACGGAUGACAGUCCCUGUAUGUAUAAAGUGAACCUGAUCUCGCGAGUAGUUCUGAUCAGUAUAGACACUUUGGCUGUCAUACUGGCCAUAGUCAGUGGACUGGUAGUAUACAUCUUCAGAGAAAGUGAGGUAAUAUUGCGUAGAAAGAUGAUGAAUAUUUAUGAAAGAAUCCCCAGCCAGUUCAGUAGUCUGUCUUUCUAUCAACUGAGCUACGAAAAGCUCAUGGGUGACCUUCACUCAUAGACACAUUUGUUAGGGCGCUUGCUGCCUUGCCUGCCCCUCUCAAGGUUGAUCUCCGAAUGACAGUGUACGAACUGGCAAGUGAAGCCUACAGAUAAGCACAGGUGAUGUUCCAAAUAAAGUGUCCCAGCAAUUAUGUCUGAGAGUGUAAGGCAUCCACACUGUUCGCAUGUGCACUGUUGGGAAUCGCAGGGAGGAAACCUCUCACAAGCCCGCUGUCUGGUCGACGGACUUAUCCUAUUGCUAAAUUUAUGCUAAAAAAACGUCCUGUUUGCUGUUAGAGCCAACAAUGUCAAAAGCAUUCUUAAAAAUAAUAAUAUAGAGUCAUAGAGAGGGAUGGUAUUUUGCUGAGCGUGGUCAAAAGUCUGAACAUAUGUAGCUUGCGAGCAGAUCCUCAUUAUCGGCGCUCGGCCCGAGCUUUUCUUUGCCCGCGAGAAAUUUUUAGGCGAAGCGGUGAGUGAUCUCAAGAGUCUAGCACUAAAAAUGAAUGCCUGACUCCCGGCAAACCUCCACCUGACCCUUCUCAAAUCUUCCCACGGGCGGAGAAACGCUCGUCCUGCAACGCUAACAAAAUUGAUAAAUCAUCAGAGACUUUUUUGUGCUAUUUUUUUAAAGGUAUUUGAAGUAUCCAGUCCAAUAUUUCUGCAGAUUCUUCUUUUUGGUGCCAUCUCGAUGUAUUCGUCGGUAAGAUGACUUAGCGCGAUUUAUCAACACUGUACUUGUUUAUGCAGUUGCUUCCUUCAUUAUUUUGUUGGAUGAUAUGGUUUAAAUGUUAGAUUUCUCCCACGAUCGCUUAGUAUGUAACUCAUGAUCAAGCUGGCAGAAGAAAUGCAAAAUGAUAAACUUGUAGAAAUUGCCGUGAUGCAACAUUAGCGGUCAUCAGCCGAGAGAAUUAGCUCAGAGAAUACCUUGGCGGUCAAAAGAGUAAAAUACACUUCAUGCUGUAUUUCACCUGUAAAAGCAGUUAGUUAUGAUAAUUUCUCUUAACCCCUUAACACCCUAACAUCAAUAUCCAUAUUCUCCAAACUCUUCUCUUUACAUUUGCUUUGGUGCUGAUAAGGAGAAUUUGUUAAAUAAUCAGAGCCUCUUGGGUUGGCUAUCAUUUCCUUUAUUCUAAUUAUCUUGAGGAAUGAUUCAGCCGAAUUACAGUAGAGAGAAAUUAGGGUUUUAGGGGUACAUUAUCUGUCAUUAUUCUAGCAACAAAUGUCAUUGAAAACUACAGUACUUAAUGGUGAACAUUAUUUCUUCAGUUAGGAGCUGCGUAUGUGGACCCCUCCUCUUUGUCCUGUACCAUAGAAGUGUGGCUUUACAAAUGUGGUUUUUUUCUUGUUUAUGGAAUUCUUACUCUAAAGGCUUGGAGGUAAUAAGACUGUUAGCUUUAGUCCUUGUUGUUGUUGUUGUUGUUGUUGUUGUUGUUAGUGGUAGUGGUGUAGCUCUUGUUGUGGUUGUUAAUUCAGUUUGGUGAUGAUGGUUUUGUGGGCUGAGGUCUGAAUCCUCUCAGCAUUUCAGCUUUUUCUUUCGUUCACACUCGUGAAAAAUGUUCAACACCUUUCUUUAAUCGACAAAUGAACUCAGCAUUAACCCUAGCUCUUAUUGCUUUUAUUUUCCCAGAGUGUCAGUUUCAUUUCGUGCUCGAUCUCCCAGGCGAGUUGAUGUGACAGACGGUAUGAUAGCUGGUCGUUUAGCUUUACUCUGCGCCGCCGCUGUAGUUUUUCUCAUCGUUUGGACUUUAUUUAUGCCCCCACAAGUGAAGCACAGCACAGGCGAUUUGAGAUUUAAACAAUGCGAGUACAGUGUUAUGCAUUACGUCAGCUUGUUUGGUGAGUAUCAACUCUUGUUUACCGAUGUGGUUAUGGGAGGCCUGGAACAAGUGAAACUUUCUGAAAGGGAAGAGGAACUUCCACAGGAAAUGUUUCCACUUGGAUUUUUCAAUCGGAAAACAGGAAUGCUUUUUGAGAUCCAGAAAUUUCCCCUUGAAACUUGCCUUGUUGCUUUCACUUCUUGUCGGGUAAUUGAUAUGGUUGCACGUUGAAUGGAAUCUGAGAUUCCUAAGGUCGCGCUCGAAGCCCAGAAAUGUGAAUUAUGUUGGGAAAUUGCAGCCAAAAUACGUCUGCUAUUUUCUACAACGUAAUUUUUUCCAAUUUCUCCCCUCACAGGUGAACUCAUUUUACUGGUCGGUGCCAUGUUUUUAUGUUUCCGCGUUCGAAAUGCACCAUCAGCCUACAACGAAACUAGAUUUACUUCUUGGGCUGUUUACAACGCCAUAUUUAUCACGUGUUUUGAUGCCGUGUUGAGGUAAGUUGUCGAGGGAAUUGAUGAAAAGAGUGAGCCCUUGCAUCUUACCUCCAUAGAGCACAUAAAAAGGACUCUUUUUUGAUAUCCAGUAGUUUUUUCUCGUGGUUAAUCUUGUCUCUUUAUCGUAGGAUUCUCACUGCUAACAACACCAAUCCUGACAUUCUUUUUGCCACGGAAUUUAUGCUUAUUCAGAUGACUGCUUCCGUUGCAAUUCUGUUCUUAUUCGUUCCAAAGGCAAGUAUAAUUGUGAUACAUUGUAAACGACGAUGUUUGACUAUACCUGGCAAAAGGAUAGCCGUACAACUUGAUUGAUUUUGUUGUUUACUUCCACUUAUAUGAAUUGCCUGUUCCAAUCGAACGGUAAAUGAAGCGAGGCGCGAAAAUAAACGACACGAUAGUAGCAGAGGAGUAAAAAAACGGGAGAGGCUUGAGUUUGGUAGCGUGUGAACAAUCGGAACCAAAUCUCCCUCGAUUUUCGCUCUGCCGUUUCAGAGCGUUUUACGUGCGGAACAGGCAAGCAUACGAAAUGUCCGUAAUAUUCUUUGUUGUUUUUCGUAAUUUUAUACAAUCUCAUUUUGCUCUUCAUGUGUUACUUGUCCUGUGUUGAUUUGUGUUGAUCUGAUUAUUCUUUGUAAUGUUUGCUUUUGGGGAAUAAACGUAACUUACCCCUCAGAAGUAAUCUGACCCUUUUAAAGUCCUGCUCUGGCGGGAUAAAAAGUGCCCUUAUUUUAACAAGUCAAGGUUAUUCAUUAUUAUUAUUACAUCUUUUUAACAGUUCUGGUUUUUACGGAAGAUGCGCGGAAAAGAGGUCAACCGGCGACUAACCGCGGACCGUCAGCCGAGUGACUCCCCCCAGACUCCUAACGGCAGUUGUUCAACUGAUGUGGCAACAUUAGAAAGGGAAAACAAAGACCUUAAGGUAAUAAUAGAUGUAUGAUGUUAUAACCAUUCAUAAGGCGCGACUAGUGAGCCCAAAACAAGCCAGUUUGGGUGGCAGGAAUUACGUUAAAGUGGGAUCGCUCGCCUACCUAACAGCAGUGUUGUUCAAUUCUUAUCCGGCACAAAAUAGCAAUAUAGUCAACUUCGUGGUUCGAUAGCUCUUGUGGUCGAAGCCGGUUUUUUACAGUUUAUGCAAAAAACAUUAAGAUUGAAGAUUUUCAAAACUGAUGUUUCGAGCGUUAGCCUUUCGUCAUUACUCUAACGAGGAGUAAACGCUCAAAACGUCAGGUUUGAAAUUCUGACCGGUGGCCAAUUUAUGUUAUCAACUCAGUUUAUAAUACCAAAUUACCUUGUUAUUGUAACUCACCGACGCAGCGCCACAGAGAAACAAAAAUAUUUUGCGCGAUGGCGGGGACCUUAAUAUACGGGCGUUCUCUUAAUUUUUUCUGCAGGAUGAAGUGAGGAGGUUGUCUUCAAAAGUAGCUUUCAUGCAUUCCCGUCUUAUGAAGGACAAGAAUAAACACAUCAAGAGUGGAACUAACAGUUUAUGUCGAGCGCGCUCCUCCACCAACGACGAUUUGGAGGACAGUACUCUCAAGAGAAUUUCCAAGUUGCCAGGCUCCAGGUUUCUAAAUUCGCGUGUUUGAGAGUGGGAAUUAGGCACACUUCCACUUGCGCCUUUCGAUGACCGUUGCGUUUCAAAUGAGGCGUAUGCGCAUAACGUCAGGUUGACUAAAUAUGAGUGCCUUUUUACUAACAUUAACAAUUAGAGUAACUAAAGUAUGUUAAAUAAACCCCAAUUUACAAAAUAUUUCAGAAGUAAUAGUGUGGAAGCCUAGUGGUGACAAAGAGAGAUCUCAUUUAGCUUUGAAUGCGUAAAUCCAAACGAGAAAAAUAUGUUUAUUAAUUGCUCGACGGACAUUCCUCGCAAUUACGUGCCGAACCACAGAAACUUAGAGGUGCUGCUUGCAGUAUUUGUCUUUCAAUUCCAUUAAAACACUGGUUAAAUAUUUGGGGUGAAAUUCAGAGCAAAUGAGGUCGAAAAGUAUUCGUUAUACAACUGAACUUUUUAUUAAUGCGAUGAGGAAGUAUUUGAGGGUGUACUCGAUUAAAGGUGUCAGAUGAAUGAAAACAUAGGUUUUUAGCCGUUUUCACGCCAAAUUUGAGAAAUCCAUUGAAAUCUGUUUAAGGAUAUCAAAAUAGGGAAAGAUAAAACUAUAGAAUUUUCUAAAACCAAACUUAUUUAAUUACAGGUAUCCUGUUGAUUUACUAUUUGGCUUUUAGAGCCUAAAAGCACGUCACCCAGCUAUUGUAAAUUUCGAUAUACGCAGACGAUCGACUGCUGUGUUCGAAAAAGCUGCGUGAUGAUGCAUUGAGUUGUUUUAUACGACGUAUUAACCUGCCUGGAAACUGAUAGAGGCUACGAAGUAAUGGUUCGGUAGAAUGGAAAAAAAAGGAAAAGACAUUGAUUAAAUUUAAAAAGAAAUAAUAUGGAUGAGUAAGGAAUGGUACGUUUAAAACAAAUUAAAAAUGACAGAAUUGAAAAAUAUCAGAUUCUUCGAAAGAGACAAUUUACAAAGAUGGUUCAUAUAUUGACAACACAGAAAUUAGAUUACACCAAAAAAAUAUAUUUAUAUGAAGCGCAAAUUCUCUACUACCCUCAAACGUAUCUAUAGAUUGGACUACAAUUGAUGGACUGAUUCAGUCCAUUCGUAGCUAAAGUUGAACUCGAGAGCUCUUUUGGUUGUUCGUCUUAUCAAGGCUCUUAAGUAUUUCCAUUCAAUAACGGUUUUCUUCGCCGACGUAAGAAUUUAAGGGAGUCAUUUAGCAUCAUAUUAAUUUUCUAACACCUUAACCCUUUAACUCCCAUGAGUGACCACGACAGCAAUUCUUCUUACAAUGUCGAUACAGUAUCAUGCACACAGGUGAUGAGAAUGAAGAAAAUUAUCAAUUUUAGGGAAUCAUUAAUUGAUCUAGUAUCAAAUUCUCGGAACUGACAUGAAAAGAAUUGUAUAUCUA